AUGAAAGAGUCGAGGAUUAGCUUCACCCAUUUAUUAGUAACUUGGGAAAAUACCAGAUUGCAUUACUUGCAAGGGGUUUUAAUUAGGGAGCCAGGGUUAAGAAGUGCAAGGGGGUCCCUUAGCCUAGGGGAGGUCAAGCCCGGCCAGCUCGUAGAGCGGCUAGCGAGUGAGCUGAAAGAGACAACUGGGGGAGAAUUCGCGUUGUUCGCGGAAAUAAUAUUUCGGGAUCUGCUUGCAUUUGCGGUGCAGCGGGAGCUAGAUACGGUACAAGGGACUGGCACAGGAGAUGUCUUCGCGGCCCUCCAGGGUGUGACAGGGCUGAGGAGUAAUGCAUCGGCGUCAGGUCGAAUAACAGAGGAGCUAGGGAUGAAAGGGAGGGCAAAGCGGCUUGCGGAGGCCCCGACCAAAGGCAAAAAGAGUCAAAAGGGCGCCCCCAAACCCUGGACAAGGCCGCAAGCCUCUUACAUGGCCCAAUACGACGCGAUACUGCGAAUGUUUGGCGGCGACACAGCCGGAGCCGAGGCUGCAAUGCAGGCUGAGCUCGCUAAAGAGGCGCUCAGCUCGACACCAGCACGGGAGCCGGGCAGUUGGCAAACUUGUCGGGUCGAAGAUGCAGCGAGGGCUGCUAUCGACCUCGUGCAGGGGGACCUUGAGGCGACAUACAGUUGGAUAUAUAAUACUUUCCUUAUAUCUGAGAAACCAUGGCCUUCUCUCAACCUAAAAUUUCUAUAG